AUGGAUAUGAAAAGGCCGCAGCUCUCCUAUUUUAAGGCCCACGGCCCGCCGUUUCCGAGAAAGCGCAUUUCAACGUGCCAAAUAUUGCGCGGAUUCGCACGUCGUCACUUUGCUAAACACCUAAAGCCUUUCAUGAACGCCGAGACGCGCCCUGUUGACCUCCCAAGCGAAUUCAAGAAACUGCACUUCACUGUUCGGACAGAUGUAAUGGUGCAAGAAACGAAAAGUCUGAUCAAAUACUUUGCUACACCUAAGGGUCUGUCGCAAUAUCCAGCUGCCUAA